AUGAAAGUCGAGAAAGAUAGCCUUAUUGCAGAUCUCACCGCAAUAGAACAUUUGCUGGAGGAUAUUGGUCAACACACGAAGGGUAACAAACUGUGGAUGACGAAGCUGUUUAUUCCACUGGUGAUUUCGGUAAUUGGACUGGGCAGUGGGAUAGGACUCAUUUCAGCUGUCGCUGUCAUCUCGAGUGGCAUUGUCUUGUACGGUCCGUUGAAAUAUCUUGCCAGCACCACCAUCCUUCACUAUUGCAAGUCCCAGACACUAUCUAUCAAGGAAUCUGCAGAAACAGGAAGACUGGAGGGAAAAGAACCAAAUAAUAUGAUGGUGCCUCAGUUCAAGUUGCUAGGCUGGAUCAAUGAAAUUGGUGUUUAA